AUGGACUCUGACCUAAGCACUCGAGCUUUACUAAAACUCCUCGCGGAUCUGGCAGUACAUUUGAGUAUGUCUUCUUCGAGUGCUCAAUUGGAAGUCGGCAUCGUCGGGGCGGGAAUUGCAGGUCUAUCAGCGGCGAUAGCAUUGUCCAGGGCAGGGCACGCUGUGGAACUCUACGAAAAGUCCAGAUUUCGCAACGAGACAGGAGCGGCCAUCGUUAUAGGGCCUAAUGGGACCAGGGUUCUGUCACGAUGGGGUUUUGAUUUCGACGAGGCCGGAGCUCUGGAUUACAGCCAAAUGAGGAGAAUUCGGGCAGACACUCUGGAGGUCGACUCAGAGGAAUACUUCACAGAUAUCAAGCAGAAGUACGGCGACCGUUGGUUGCUGUUUCACCGUGCCGACCUCCACAUGGGCUUGAAGAAGCUUGUCGAGGGACAGGAACCGCAGCCCAAGAUCAAUCUGGGCACCGCUGUCAGGGAUGUUGACGUCGAUGGUGGAAUCAUCACGCUCGCCAGUGGUGAACAAGUCAAGAAAGACCUGGUUAUCAUUGCAGAUGGUGCACACAGCGAGCUCAUAUCGAAGAUCAUUGGUCGACCGUGCCCUGUUACCAAGUCACCUAUGUCGAUGUAUCGCUUCCUGCAGCCCUUUGACAAAGUGCUUGCUCACCCAGAAGCCGGCCAAUUUUACAAGGGUCAGCCUUCAGGAUUUACAACCUUCUACAAGACAGAAGUAGGCCGACCUGGCCUUCUGAUCAACACCUAUCCCUGUCGUAGCGGUGAGCUGCUGUAUGUGGCGUUGGUACAUCCCACCAAAUCGGGGGAAAAGGAGCUCGAUGGUUGGGAUUCUCCCGCCGACUAUCAGGACGUAAUCUCAGAUGCGAAGGCUUUCCAUCCCGCUGUUCAAGCAAUCUGUGAGGAGGCAACCGAAGUCAAGGUGUACACUCAGAUGUGGCGAGACCCUAUCGAGCGUUUCUCAAGGGGAAAGGCUGUAUUGAUAGGUGACGCUGGUCAUCUCAUGUUGGCCACGCACGGCCAGGGAGCUUCGAUGGCACUCGAAGAUGCCCUUGCCUUGGAAACUCUGUUCAAAAGUAUCGCUUCCAAGUCAGAUGUGGAAGCUCGAGUGCAAUUAGUCGAUGAGCUGCGGCGCCCCCGCGUGAGUGCUGUGCAGACCAUGUCGAACAAAAUGAUGGGACCUCCUGACCGCAUGAUAUCUGAGGUGAAGCGAUAUUAUGACGGUCCAAUACCGGGUCAUCAAGCGAAGACUUUUUCGAAAGAGUAUAACGACUUCUUCUUCCUGUAUGAUAUCGAGGAGGAAGCGAGGAAAAUGCUGAGCGCCUGA